AUGAGCCUUGCUUCUUCUCGAACUUCAAACAUCGCUAAAGAACGUUACCUCCUAGGGGCCGCUGGGGCCGCCUAUGUUCAAGUCGAGGAGUGGUGCGAACUGCUGCCGAUCACGCGUCACAGUCGCGUCGAUAAAUCUACGAUCAUUCUGUCUCCACCGCCACCCGUCCUUCUCCUAGAGUUCUGCUGUGCGAUGUUCAAACUUAUCAGGCGCAUCUCAUACGGUGUCAUUCCGCGCCCAGAUAGGCCUUGGGAAGAAGAUGCUACAUCUAAUGCCCCACGCAAGACGCGUAAACGCCGUCUGAGUUCAACGGAGAGGGAGGCUGCUGGUGAUGACGAGCAAGCGAACAAGAAAAAGAUACGUGGGGAUAGCGCGACGCCUUCCGUGGCGGACGCGGAAGGUGUCUUCCUCACUCCGGCGCCUCAGGCGGAUACUCAAGAGGUCAAAGAGGUCACCCAAGGGGUCGAGGAGGUCGAUUUGGAUGGCAGGGCUCCUAACAAGGAAGCGGCGCAAGGUGAAGAAGCGGCUCCAGAAUCCAUCCCCCUGCCCGAAGAACAAUCAGGAGAACUCGAUGAACCCACCACCGAUGCCACCUCUCUCGCUACCGUCAUUUCAUCAUCGGAAGAGGCAGAGCCACCGAAGGACGAACCCUCGAUCACUGCCGAUGAUGCAUCGGAUGUAGCCUCUUCAUCUGGAGAGGAUGCCACAUUAUCGGAGAAAGGAAAGCCUUCUGAAGAUCUCAAAGCUAGCACCUCGCCUGCGGUAGAAGUGACCGCCGUUAAACCUAUCCAGCAUGACUAA